UUGGCCACCGGAACUGUAGCUCAGGAGAGGCACACAGGCAGCCAAUCACCGGCGAGGAGGUGGAGCUUGGAGAGGAGGAGCCGAGCGGCAGCGCGCGUAGAUCAAAGAAGAUUCGAGGGAGCUGCCGGAGCAAGUGAAGAGGAGAGCGGCCAGAGAAGGAAGACAGCUGACAGGGAGAGAGAGAGAGCAAACCCAGGCUGGAGCAGGGGUCAGCAAGGUAAGUAUCAU